ACUUGAUUGUAGUUUCGAUCGGGGAAUAAAAGUUUGUCAAUCAAAACAAAGAAAGGCGAGAAAAUCCAAGGUCAUUGGGAAACAGUCUGCUUAGUGGUCAACUUGGAUCAGUGCUCACUGAGUACUGACCAGUUGAGGAUUCUGGCAUCAGGAGGCAGCAGAGCUGCUGGAUACAUUGGACAGACCUCUCAUUUCCCACCCCCUUACAGGCUGGUGAUAACCUGUCUCUGCCUCAUCUUACAAGGCAGCCAAGGUGAUCCGGUAGCAGUGCCGAUCUCGGCUCGCAACUUUCGAAGCCAGCAAUCUGAGUGAGACACUUUCUGGUGGCUGGUCUUGUAACUGCCAGCGUACACGACGUUCCGGUCUGAACCACUCAGCGUAUUGCGUAUCUGGGCGGUGCCCUCUCUGGUCUCGUGACCGCAGCCGCGGCGGUCCCGGGUGAGGGACGAUGGGCAGGAUCUUCCUGCGGCACAUUGGCGGUAAGCGGCUGUUCUCCUGUCGCAGCUGCGGCACCGUGCUCACCAACCGCAGCAAGCUGAUCAGCACGCGCUUCACCGGAUCCACCGGCCGCGCCUUCCUCUUCACAGACGUGGUCAACCUCAAAUUCAGUGAGAUCCAGGAGCGGCAGAUGCUCACCGGGCGGCACAUGGUGCGCGACGUCUCCUGCAAGUACUGCGACACCAAACUCGGCUGGAUCUACGAGUUCGCCAUGGAGGAGCAGCAGAGGUAUAAGGAGGGCCGGGUGAUUCUGGAGCAGGCGUUAAUUAAGGAGAGUGACGGUAUCGAGGGUGACGAGGAUAUGGCGCUGCCCGCCGAGGACUCUAGCGACUAACCGCCGAUAGUGCGCUGGAUCCCCACUCCUCAGCGACCCACCGAGAGGCUGGCGAGACCCACGAGUGAGAAAGUAACGCCAUCUGCCGAGGACCGGGGGCUGCUGCUGGCCGACCGCCAAGAGCGGCGGUGGCGCCGCUGAUUGUGUCGCAGUCGAGAACUGUUUGUCGUGCCACCAGGCGCGUCACGCGUCACCUCGCGAAUGGAGUGACCGCAGCGCGAGACGCCAACUCCGCUCGCAUCAACUGCCGCGGCUGAGAGCCGCGUCUAGAGCCUAUAUCUCCCCCAGAGUGAUACCGAGGAUCACCCGCCGUACCGAUCUGUGAGAGCUAGCAGUCAUUGACGAGUUUCCACAUUGUAUUGUAUUGAGGGACAGUUUGCGGCGGGCCGGGUCGUGGCUGCGUCCAUGAAUUUAUAAGCCAAGCACAAGUGUAGUAUGUAUAUAUGUAUAUAUACAGUUUAUUCACAGA